AUGGUUCUCACCGAGUAUACCUACGUCUUUGCCAUUGGCACUAUGUUUGCCCUCCUCGAGGCUUACAACAACGGUGCCAAUGAUGUCGCCAACGCCUGGGCCACCAGUGUGUCCUCGCGCUCCAUCACCUACCGAUGGGCCAUGGUUCUUUGCCUGGUCUUCGAAAUGACGGGUGCGCUGGCUGUCGGUGCCCGUACUGCCUCCACCAUCAAGAACGGCAUCAUCCCCAUCUCCGCCUUCGAGAACAACGCCGGCGUCCAGCUCCUCGCCUUCACCUGUGCCUCCGCUGGUGCUGCUACUUGGGUCAUGUGGUGUACUCGCCACAACGCUCACGUCUCCUCCACAUACUCUCUGAUCUCCUCCAUUGCUGGUGUCGGUGUCGCCACUGUCGGUGCCAGUGGUGUCCAGUGGGGAUGGAACAAGGGAUCUGGUCUUGGUGCUAUCUUUGCCGGUCUCGGUAUGGCUCCUGCUAUCUCUGGCUGCUUCGCUGCCAUCAUCUUCAUGCUCAUCAAGGUUGUCGUCCACAUGCGCAAGGACCCUGUCCCUUGGGCUGUCUGGACCUCUCCCUUCUUCUUCCUGAUUGCUGGUACUAUCUGCACUCUCUCCAUCGUCUACAAGGGAUCUCCCCGUCUGGGUCUUGCUGAGAAGCCCGCAUGGUACAUCGCUGCUGUCACCAUGGGUGUUGGUUGGGGCCUGUUCUUCCUCUCUGCUUUCUUCUUCGUGCCCUUCGUCCACGGCAAGGUCAUCAAGAAGGACUACACCCUCAAGUGGUACCACUUCAUCCAGGGACCUCUUCUCUUCCAGCGCAUGCCUCCUACCGAUGCUCACCUCGCCCGCGUCCCCAACUACGCCGUUGUCCAGCACGACGCUGACGACGAAGCCGCCGGUGUCAGCAAGCCCGAGGCCACCGACUCCAUCGAGUACGACGGAAAGAAGAGCAACAACUCCCAAGACGGUGAUGUUAUUGCCCCCGUUGACAACAACGCCACCAAGAGUGUCGAGCAGACUGAGAAGCGUCUUAUCCUGGCCGAGGCUACCCAGGCUGACUACCGUCAAAUGAUGGCCGAAGCUCUUGAGCGCCACCACGCCAAGCUCCGCAAGUCCACUAGCCCUCUCGGUUGGGCUAUGCGCACUCUCCACGAUAACCCCAUGGGUGCUGGCUCUAUCUACGAGCGUCAUAAUUUGAUUGCUAUCCUCAAGCGUCUCCCUGCUAUGGUCGUCGUUGCCCUCAUGUACGGUCUCUACUACGAUAUCCACACCGCUCAGAUCGGUAUUGAGGGUACUCCUGAGGGUAAGCGCAUGGCUCGUGUCUAUGCUCACGCUACCAAAUACCCCAACGAGGUCGAGUACCUGUACUCUUUCGUCCAGAUCAUCACUGCCUGCACUGCCUCCUUCGCUCACGGUGCCAACGAUGUUGGAAACGCUGUCGGUGUCUGGGCCGCCAUGUACUCUGCCUGGUCCACGGGAACUGCUACUGCUGCCAAAGCCGAGGUUCCUCUCUGGCAGAUCGCUGUUACUGCUCUGACCAUUUGCAUCGGCUUCAUCACCUACGGAUACAACAUCAUGAAGGUCAUGGGUAACAAGAUCACCUACCACUCUCCUUCCCGUGGUUCCUCCAUGGAAAUGGGUGCCGCCAUUACCAUCUUAGUCUUCUCCCAAUUCUCUCUCCCCGUCUCCACCUCCAUGUGCAUCACUGGUGCCACCGUUGGUGUCGGUCUCUGCAACGGAACCCUUAAGGCCGUCAACUGGUCCCGAGUCGGUCUCUUGGUCUUCUCCUGGAUUAUGACCAUCCCUAUUGCCGGUCUCAUUGGUGGCUGCACCAUGGGUUUGUUCCUCAACGCCCCUCACUUCGUCCGGUAA